CGCUUGCGCAGUGGCGCGGGGAGGAGCAGGGACUUGGCAGCGGGCUUGGAGGCUGCAAGCGAGCCGCGAACCGGGCGGGCGGCGGGCGCGCGCACCAUGGGGGAGAAACCCGGGACCAGGGUCUUCAAGAAGUCGAGCCCUAACUGCAAGCUUACCGUAUACUUGGGCAAGCGGGACUUUGUAGAUCACCUGGACAAAGUGGAUCCUGUAGAUGGUGUGGUGCUUGUGGACCCCGACUACUUGAAGGAUCGCAAAGUGUUUGUGACCCUCACCUGCGCCUUCCGCUAUGGCCGCGAGGACCUGGAUGUGCUGGGCUUGUCCUUCCGCAAAGACCUGUUCAUCGCCACCUACCAGGCCUUCCCCCCAAUGCCCAACCCGCCCCGGCCCCCCACCCGCCUGCAGGACCGGCUGCUGAGGAAGCUGGGCCAGCAUGCCCACCCCUUUUUUUUCACAAUACCCCAGAAUCUGCCCUGCUCCGUCACACUGCAGCCGGGCCCAGAGGACACAGGGAAGGCUUGUGGGGUAGACUUUGAGAUUCGAGCCUUCUGUGCCAAAUCAAUAGAAGAGAAAAGCCACAAAAGGAACUCUGUGCGUCUGGUGAUCCGAAAGGUGCAGUUUGCCCCAGAGAAACCUGGCCCCCAGCCUUCAGCUGAAACCACACGCCACUUCCUCAUGUCUGACCGGUCCCUGCACCUUGAGGCUUCCCUGGACAAGGAGCUGUACUACCACGGGGAGCCCCUCAAUGUCAAUGUCCAUGUCACCAACAACUCCACCAAGACUGUCAAGAAGAUCAAAGUUUCUGUGAGACAGUAUGCUGACAUCUGCCUCUUCAGCACUGCCCAGUACAAGUGUCCUGUGGCUCAGAUCGAACAAGAUGACCAGGUAUCUCCCAGCUCCACGUUCUGUAAGGUGUACACCAUAACUCCGCUGCUCAGCAACAAUCGGGAGAAGCGUGGUCUUGCCCUGGAUGGGAAGCUCAAGCACGAGGACACUAACCUGGCCUCCAGCACCAUUGUGAAGGAGGGUGCCAACAAGGAGGUGCUGGGAAUCCUGGUGUCCUACAGGGUCAAGGUGAAGCUGGUGGUGUCUCGCGGCGGGGAUGUCUCUGUGGAGCUACCUUUUGUUCUUAUGCACCCCAAGCCCCAUGACCACAUCACCCUUCCCAGACCCCAGUCAGCUGCUCCUGAAACAGAUGCCCCUGUGGACACCAACCUCAUUGAAUUUGAUACCAACUAUGCCACAGAUGACGACAUUGUGUUUGAGGACUUUGCCCGGCUUCGGCUGAAGGGGAUGAAGGAUGAGGACUACGACGACCAGUUCUGCUAGGAAGGGGGGCUGGAAGAAGGGAGUGGAUGGUGCUGGGAGAGGUAGGGGCAGGACCAAGAUCCCCACUGUUGUUGGAGGGGUCCCAGCCUCUCUUCCCUUCCCUUCCAUCCAGCGGCUUCCUCAACCAUCCCCUUCCCUUCCUUCCUCCCCCAUCCCCCCUAGAUACACACUGGACUCAUCUCUUGUUGAACGUGGGCAUUAAUUUUUUGACUACAGCUCUGCUUCCCCAACCCCCCAAUGGGUGGCAAGCUGUGUUCACACCUAAGUAUUCUGGAGAGGGACACUGAAAAGGGGAGUGAUAGUAGAGAAAGAGGGGAGAAAGAACUCCCACAUUCAACCUCACACCAACAUCCCCUCCUGUCACUAUCUCUGCUCCCAGUCCUUCAAGAUGAGACCCUUUGGGGGGCAAGGCCACUUCUUUGUUUCUGAACAUAAAGAAGAAAAUAAACCUUUUAAUAGGCCUGA